GUGAGAAGCUAGCUGCGACCAAGGAUAAGCUGGGAGUGGCGAUUAGGAAGGGGAAGGAGGUGGUGCAGCAGCGGGAGGCGCUGAAAGGGACUCUGGCGGAGGAGACUGCUGUGCUGGAACGGUUAAGGGAGGAGCUGGAGCGAGAGAGAGAGGGGAGGAGGGACGCGUUGAAGGCUGUGGAGGUGAAGGAAGGGGAAGUGGCGGAGGGGAGACGGAGGCAGUUGCUGCAGCUGAGGGGAAGGGCGGCAGGGAUGGCGGAGGAAGGCGGGGAGAGGGUUAGGGAGAUGGAGGAGAGGGUGAGGGAGGCGGAAGAGAGGGUGCGGGUGGCGGAAGAGGAGGUAGCUGAGGUGAAAAGGCAAGCGGCGGAAGGGAGGGAGCGUGCUGUGGAGCUUCUAGGGCAGGUGGCGGAGAGAGAUGCGCUCCUGGCGAGGAGAGGAGAGGAGUUGAGGGAGGUGGAGAGGCGCGAGAGGGAACUGGAGAGAAGGGUUGCGGAGGAGAUGGAGAGGAGGAUUGAGGAGGGGAGGGAGGAGGGGAGGAGGGAAGUGGAGAGGGAGGUGGGGGUGUGGGAGGGUAGGGUAGAGGAGGAGAGGAGUAAGGCGGAAGAUGCUAUGAAAAAGGCGGAGUGUUUGUCUAAGGAGGUGGAUCAGUUACAGGAGAGGGUUGCAGAGACAGAGGGGCAGUUGGUUGCUUUGCAGACAGAACUUGCUGCAGCGAAGGGGGAGGUAGAGGAGAAGGAGGGAUCGGUGUCAGGGUUAGAGGUGAGCCUGAGUGGGGAGAGGGAGAGAGUGAGACAGCUGGAGGAAAUGGUGGGGACGCUGAGAGGGGAGGUUCAGGAGGCGCAGAAGGCAGGUGGUUCAGAAGCAGACGCGAGAGAAAGGGCGAGAGAGAGGGAGAGUGUGCUGACUCGAGAGUUGGAGUCGUUGCAAGCACAGAAAGAGGCGCUGGUGGGUGCUGUGGAGGAUGAGAGGGCGAUGAGGGAAGAGGCGGAAGAGGCUAAGAGGAGGGUGGAAGGAGAGAAGGGAGAGGUGGUGGAGAAGCAGGGGGAGCUGGAAGCAAGAGCGAGGUUUGCUGGUCGGGAGCAGGAGUUUGCAGGUUUGACUGCCGAAGCUGAGGCACGGUUGGAAGAGGUUCGGCAGGAGCUGGAGGGGAUGCGAGGGAGGGAGAAGGAGUGGGAAGGGAGGGUUGGGGAGGUGGAGGAGAGAGUGAGGGAGGGUGAGAGAGCGUUGCAGGAGAGUGAGAGGCUGUUGCAGGAGGUGAGGGAGAAGGGGGAGGGGCUUCAGAAGGAGCUCAGUGAGAUGGAAGAGAGAGCAAAGGAGGCUGAGGAACGGAAAAAGGAGGCUGAAGCAAGAGUUGAGGAGGCUGAGAGAAGGAGGAAAGAGGAAGAAGCUAGAUCGAGUGAGCUGUUGCUGCAAGUGGAGGAAGCCAGGAGGAGAGAGAGUGAGGUGAGCGAGGGGAGGGGUGGUGAGAGUGAGGUUGAGGCAUGGAGGGCUGAGUGGAAGGCUGAAGAGGCGUUGCUGCUGCAGAAGCAGGCUGAGAUAGAGGGGCUUUUGGUUGCUAAGGGGCGAGAAUUUCUGGAGCUGAAGGGAGAGUGGGAGAGGGAGAGGGAUGCUUGGGCAACCGAGAGAGGUGAGUGGGAGAGAAAGGCGAAGGGAUGGGCGAUGGAGAAAGAAGAUUUGCUUGGGAGGCUGCAGGGGGAAAGAGAAAAGUGGGAGGAGGAGCAGGGUAGGGUGGAGGAGAGUGAGGGGCAGUUACAGGAACAGGUGGAGGCGGAGAGGAGGAAAGUGGCCGGGUUGAGAGAGGAGAGAGAGCAGCUUCGGAAGAGGUUGGAGGGAUUGGAGGAGGAAGUGGAGCAGGUGCAGGAAGAGGUGGCAGCGGAGAGGCGGAAGGUGGAGGAGUUGAGAGGGAGUUUGGAGGAGGAGGAGAGGCGGUGUGGGGAGAUGGUGAGUGAGUUGCAGGCUGUGGCGGAGGGGAGGGAGGAGGAGAGGAAGCAAGUGGCGGGGCUGACAGAGGAGAAGGAGCAGCUGGAAAGGAGGGUGGAGGGUUUAGAGGAGGAAGUGAAGCAGGUGCAGGGCAAGAUGGAUGAGGUGGAGGAGGAGAAGGGGCAGCUACAGAGUAAGGUGCAGGGGCUGGAGGGGGAGGUGGAGCAGCUGCAGCAGAAGGUGCAGGCAGCAGAGCGGAAGGACGUGGUCACUCUCGCAAAGGUAGUUGCCAGCGAGACAGCCGCAGAGGAAGCAACCAGGCAGCUUCAAUCAGCCCAAGCCGCCCUCGAGGCAAAGCAAGUUGAACUGGCCGCCCUGCAACAGCAAGCAGAGGAGCUGGAAGAAACCCUAGAGCAGCGCGAGACAGAGCUUGAAUCCCUAAAAUCAGACAUCUCGGCGCGAGAGAUGAUCUGGCGUGCGUCGCAAGAUGCAGAGGCGAAGGCAGCAGAGGAUGCUAUUGCGGUGGAGGCAGCUGCUGCAAGGGAGAUGGCGGAGAGAGAGAGGGAUAAGGUGAAGGAGGAAGCUGAGGCGGAAGCAGCGGCUUUGAGGAAGGUUCUGGGAAUGCGGGAGUCGCAGCUGGAGAAGCUGCAGGCUCGGGUGGCCGAGGCUGAGGAGGUGGUUCGGGAGCUGGAGGAGGCUCGGGUGGAGCUCGAGAAAGCUCAGGGGGAGGUGGUUAGGGUUAGGGAGGAGAUGGGGGGAGAGAUGGAGAGAGUGAGGGAGAACAGUGUGAGAACAGAGGAGGAGGUGGAGAAGCUUAGGGCUGCUUUGGAGGGGUAUAGAGAGGAGGUGGAGGAGGGAGAGAAAAAGGUGAGUGAGUGUGAGAAGAGGCUAGAAGAGAGUGAGAAAGAGAGGAGGGCCGCUCUGGAGAAAAUGGAUUCGUUGCUUGGAGAGCUGAUGGAGAAGAGUGAGGAGAAUGAGAGGGUGAGAGAGGAGGGCGCUAGGCUGAAAGAGGAGGCCUGCCGGUUGAGGGAGCAGGCUAGUAGGCUGGAAGAGGAGCUGAAAGGGCGUGACGAGGAGAUUAGUAGGCUGAAACAGGAGGUUUUAAAGGUAAGUGCAAGUGCAGGAGCUGAUGGGGAGAGGGAGCGGAUGGAGGAGGAGGUAGUGCGACUUACUAGGGACGUAGAGCAGAAGGGAGCAUUGCUGAAGGUCGCUGAAGACGCAAGGGCAGCAGCUGAGGCGAAGAACGCGAGCCUGAGGGCAGAGGGCGAGGAGGGGGGGAAGAGGGAGGAGAGGGUGGGGGCAGGGGAGAUAAGAGCAGAGGCGAAGGCAACGAAUGUUGAGGACGCGGCCGAGAUAGAGGGGCUUCGUGCCAAGGUCUCUCUCCUUGAAACGGAGCUGUCUCAGUUGAAGCAAGGGGAGCGGAGCGGGGCAGGAGCAGGGGGAGAAGGAGCAGCAGGGGCGGCAGCAGGGGCAGCAGCAGAGGCAGCAGCAGAGGGGGAGCGGGUGAGGGAGUCACUGAAGCAGGCACAGGAGCAGGUGGCGGGGGUGAGGGAGAAGCUAAGCAAGGCUGUGCGCAAGGGCAAGGCAAUCGAGCAGCAGAAGCUGAAGCUCGAAGCAGACAUCGCUGCUGCCAGGGCUGAGAUUGACGCUCUCAGGACGAGCACUGGGGCAGGCGCAGGGACAGGGGUAGGAACAGGGCUAGGGGCAGCUGUAGCAGCAGCCGCAGGGGCAGGCGGAGGUGUAGCAGCAGGGGAGCAGGUAGACGAGCUGAGAGGAUUGUUGGCUGAGGCAGAAGAGGCGAGGAGGAAAGAGGUAGAGGCGAGGCAGAGAGAGGAGGAGGCGAAGAGGAAAGAGGAGGAGGCGAGGAGGAAGGCUGAGGAGAGGCUGAAAGAGACAGUGGCUAUGAUGGAAGGAGUGACAGAUGCUCUUGCGGGGCGAGAGAAGGAGUGUGAGGAGCUAAGUUUGGCUAGGGAGUUGGAGCAGGAGAGGGAGAGGAGAGAGGAAGCGGAUAGGAAUCUAGUGGGAGUGCAGGGUGGGUUGGAUGAGGAGAGGGAGGCGAGGAGAGUGGCAGAAGCUGAGCUGGAUAGUGUACGUUCUGAGCUGGCAAGUGCUCGUGAUGAGCUGGCACGUGUCCGUGCUGAGCUGGCAACGGCUGGUCGUGAUGAGGAGAGGAAGGAUGAAGGUGAAGCAGGAAGCAGUGGGGAGGAUGCUGAUGCAGUGGCUGUGAGAGAGAGAGUGAGGGAGCUGGAGGAGAGAGUGAGGGAGGAGGAGAAGAGAGUGAAGGAGGAGGGGGAGAGAGUGAGAUUGCAGGAGGAAAGACUGAGGGAGAAAGAGGAGAGAGUGAGGGAGGAGGUGGAGAGAGUGAGGGAGGAGGGAGAGAGAGUGAGGGAGGGAGGGAGAGAGAGUGAGGGAGGAGCGAGAGAGAGCCAAGGAGCUGGAAGUGAAAUUGAAAGAGAUGCUCUUGUAGCAGCAGAGCGGCAGGUGCAGGAUGAGAAGCGGGGUUUGGAGGAGCUGGUUGCGGUGCUGAGAGGUCGGAUUCAGGAGGUGGAGGCAGAGAGGGAUGGGUUGCAGGCAGCUGUUGGUCGGCUGGAGGGAGAGAAGGGGGACUUGCAGGAAGCAGUGGAGUGUUUGGAAGGGGAAAAAGGGCGAUUAGAAGGGGAAAGGACUGGUUUAAUGGCGGAAGUUUCUCGUUUGGAAGCAGAGAAGGAGGGUGCUCAGAUGGAGGAAGAGCGGUUGCGAGGUGAAUUGGAAGAAGAGAGGAGGAGAGCGGAGAGUGCGAGGGAGGAAGGUGAGGAGAGGGGGAGGAGGGUAGGUGAGCUGGAAAGAGUGGUUGAGGUCUUGAGGGGCGAGAUGGAAGAGAUGAGAAGGGAGAGGGGGGAGAGGGGGGAGAGGGGGGAGAGGGGGGAGAGAAGGGAGAGGGGGGAGUGGAGGGAGAGGGGGGAGAGGGGGGAGAGGGAGGAGAGGGAGGAGAGGGAGGAGGUGAGUAGGGAUGAAGUGGCUAAGGGUGAGAAGGAGUGGAGAGUAAAUGAAUUGGAGCGAGCCUUGCAAGAGAAGGAAGGAGAGGUGGAGAGACUGGUGAAGGAGGUGCGAGAAAAGGAGUUGAUAAUUGAGGAGUUGAGAGUGCAGGUUGGGGAGAGGGAUGGGGACCUUGAGAGGCUGAGGCAGGAGGUGGGGGAGAGGGAAUCGAUGAUGGGGGAGUUGAGAGAGCAAGUUGGGGAGAAGGAACGGGAGAUUGCGAAGUUGAAGAGCGAGGUUGGGGAGAGGGAUGGGGAGGUAGAGAGGCUGAGGCGGGAGGUGGGGGAGAAGGAGGCAGCAGUGGCGUCGGUGGCGGCGGCACGCAGCAAGGCAGUGGAGAAGCUGAAGAUGAUGGUUGAUAAGCUCAAGGAGGUGCAAGCACAGUCAGAGGCAGUGGUGCAGGAAGCAGAGAUGAGACUGGAGGAGAAGGACCGGGAGAUUGAAGAGAGGCUGAAUUCGGAGGCAGUGGUGCAGGAGGCAGAGAUGAGACUGGAGGAGAAGGACCGGGAGAUGGAGGAGCGGCUGAGAGAGAAGGAUAAGGAGCUGCAGGGGGUGUGGGACCUUGAUGGUGGUGCUGCUGCUACUGGUGCUGUUGCUGGUGCUGGUAAUGGCGUUAGCAGUGAUGUUACGAAAGGUGGUGAGGGGGAAAGCAUGGCUGGUGGUGCAGCAGCUGGCACUUUGGCGCCACAACAGCAGAAGUCUGAGGCAGGCGGUGCUGCUCUUCCUGACGUGGCAGAGAAGGAUGCUGAGCUGGCAAGGCUGCGCGAUGAGGUGGCAGCAGCGGGCGAGGCGGUGAAGGUGCUUGAGGGGCAACUGGAGGCAGCAAGAAGGGAGGCAGAUGACCUGAAGCGCAAGGCAGUCCAGUCACCUCUGCCCUCUUCCUCCUCUUCCUCACAAUUAGCCUCAGCAUCAGCCUCCACUCUCCUGCCAGUCACCACGCAGAGGAAGGCAGCACCCGGGGGAGGUGCAUCCGACACGUCAGCAGAGUACCUGCCACUGCUGGCGCAGCAGCUCGCAACGUCAUCAUCCGCCUCGCUGGCGGGCCACACGGCGCUGCAGAUCUCUGACUCGUACCCCGAUGAUGAAGUGCACGGGUUCAAGUCAAUAGUCAGUGCCUUCCGUUUCCUGCCGUCCUUCCUGCACCCAGCCGCCAAGGGCAUCGACCGCCUAUGUGUGGCGGGAGGGCAGUCACUCAUGGCACGACCCAUGAUGAGGCUGCUGCUCGUGCUCUACUGGAUGGCCAUGCAUGCUGCCAUGCUUGCUAUGCUUGCCGCCCUCACUGUUGCCUGA